AUGGUUUCAACUCACAAGUUCUACAGCCAAUAGCAUUAAGAUACUGACAUUUUCAUUUUGAAGGAUGGCAACUUCAGUCACCUGGGAAACUACAGGGACAACAAAGCUUUCUUGAGUGACGAGAAAAUAAAUAAAAACCUUAACAACUUAUCCUCCAGCCCGAACAUGCUUCACCAAUAAUAAAGACAUCAGUAGAAGAGACAACUUCCUCAAAUGAGAAAUGAUAGCAAUGAGGGCGUCUCUCUGAACUUUCUCAGCAGCGGAGUGUUAGGUUCUGAUAAUUAAAAGACGUAAUAUAAAACAUUCAGCUUAACUAACAAGCAAGAAUUGAAACAAACAACAGCCACAGCUGCAGCUGAAUCUGUGUCAAUCGGUCAGAGCAAUUCAACUUUUUCCAAAUACAAUAAAAAAUACGUUAGAGAUCGGAAAAUUUCAGACAACCUAUCUAAGAAGCUAGGCUUUCUAACUAGCUCUAUCAAUGGAGCCAUAGGGUCAUGCCCCGAUAACACCAAUGAGAUAGACAGUUAGGUAAUUGAAUUUAAUCUAUCAAAGAGCAAUUUCAAUAAGAGGGAGAGAAGAUAAAAGCCUUAAAAGGAAUAAAAAGAGGAGAUUAUGAGUUAUUUCAAUAAUUACAAGUCAAAAUUCAUUAAUAAAAAUGGAAUCAAUUAUGGAAUCGCUAGAAGUGGGCAGCCAUCAACUUUACUGUAGUCCAGACCCAGCUCUUAAAGAAGAUCUGAUUUGCUAGCAGGCCAUUCUACAACAGUGAUGGGAAUUGAGAAUGGUUUAAAUAGCAAUCUCCUAAGCAAUGAGAAUAUUUAAGAGAACAGAAUUACUUACGGGUCGUAAAUUAACGAAGUAUUCAGUGCUAGUCAGCUGGAUGAUAUUUACAAAUAGAGCAUGAACUUCAUUGGCGGAGGCGACCAGAGAGUUAAAGAUCAAAUCAAACCACAGGGCUUUCAUUAGCAUAGAAUAGCAUCAUAUGAUUAAUAUAUGACUUAAGAGCAAAAUUCCAAAAUCAGCAAUUUCGAAAAUUAAGAAAAUAGCUAGUCUAAUACUUAGUCAAAGAAGGGAGGAAUAUAUAUAAUGAUAAAUGAAAAUGGGAACUUUUCGCAUAGGGAGUCAAUAAGCUAGGAGAUCUUAAAUAAGUUUGAAAAAGCAGGAUUGCAAUCUCAAAAAUCCAUCUAAAAUCAUGCUGAAUCGGAUUCUGAUUUAAAACUUGGGCAGAUUCUACCUUAGAUAUUAAGUGAAUAGGAUCCAUUAAUGUCUAAUCAGAAAAUUAAUCAAGGUGAGAUCAUUAUGUAUCCUACUGAGUCAUUUGCCUUAAAUGAACAGAAACUUAUUCAGAUGACAAACUUUUCAUAGAUGGCACACAGCAGUAUUCUUGAGCCAAAACAUCAACAGAUGCAAAGUCAUAAUGUAUUCAAGAAACUGAUUGGAAAUAUAUCAGCAACUUAGGCCACAGGUAAUCCUAAAAGAGAAGUAGUCUCUUAAGCAUUUAAGAAGCAUCGUGAGCCUGACCCAAUUUAGGUAUAUAAAGAGGAACAGAAGAACCAAAUAAGAUAGAGAUAGUAAAGCAGCAACCCUAGAGCAUCAAGUAAGUACUUCAAUAUGUAGAAAAAGGGUAGCUCUACGAGUGCUGCAAACAAUAAUAGCAGCUACUAUGCUUAUGGGAAACGGGAUGAUAGCACUGGCAGUUAUAGAAAAAGAAGAAGUUCGAUUAAAAAGGAUGAGCCUACACAGAAAUAGUCUGGUAAAAACUAAUUGGUAGGAUCAUAGAAGAGUUUUAUAGUAGCUGAACCAAUUCAAAAAAUUAGCAAUCUCUCGUCUAGCAAUUGGUACAUCGUUCCAUAACCAAAUUAAAAAGACAAAAAUUUGCAGGUGCUCCCGAUUCCCAAAAAAAUGAACUCAAGCAAUGAAGUGCAAAAGAAAAGAUUAGACUAUCAGUAAAGUUAGCAAUUUAGAAACAUAGCCAAGACUUCAAGCUAGUCAUUUUACAGUAAAAAUUAGGCGAGCAAGAGUCCUUAGUAAAUGAUAAGCAAGCAACAUGAAAACAUUAAAGACUUAGAAUGCUUUCUUGAGGUUUAAAAAAUGGCACUUCUAAAGUAGUCACCUAACAUUUUAUAUAACAAAAUAAGAACUGAAAAUUUUUCGUUGCAAGAAUAGUACAAAAGUUCAGUAAGUCCUGAUACGACAAUGAUUGCCCCUAAUUACAACAAAUAUUACGCUCACGAUUAUGACUUGAACCAAAUCAUUCAGAAGUAGAUCAUCAGAGGUGAUAUCUAGAUAGCAUAAAAGUAGUUGAAGUUUGUUGUCAUCCCAGGAAACAAUUCAUAGCUAAUCAAAGAUGCCAUGCUUAGAAGAUCCUAUUUAUGGAGAGAAACCACUGCAAAUGAUUAAGCCUAUAGCUUCAAAUGGCAGCCUGUGUCAUAUGGAAUAAGAUUUGAGCAGAUUGGGUAAUUCUCAAUUUUAAAUUUCAUGAGUUAAAAGCAACUAGUCAAUCAUCUUGAGUAUCACAGCUAGCUUAGUGAGAAAAGCAAACUCUUUAUAAAUAUGAGUAAAUUUGCAAUGAAACUCAAGGAAAAUGUGUUUAAUUACAUUCCAAUCACAUUUUUCAUAGAAGUAGACUCAAUGAAUCUCAAAUAGUUUAACAUGUAACUAACUCAGUUUAAUGGGUUCUAUUAUACUCUGGAGGAUAGCAAGAAAAAAGUAUUGAAAUUUUGGACAAAGUAUUAAAAAUACCUUAAAAAGCAAAGUGAAUAAGAGAGCCAGACUAACCUUGAUGAAUAAUCUCCAAGAAAUAAUAAUACUCCACAAUCUGUGGUAGAUCAAAUGAUAUUGAAUAUAUUCGGGACAAACAGAAAAAAUUCAAAUAAAAAUCUUGUAAAAGAAGAGCAGACUACAAUCACAUUUGAUAUUAAUAACAAAAAGAGUAAUUAAAAGUAUAUGAUGCCUAUAAGUCACUUUACAGGCCAUAACCUUUGGUUAUUAAAGCCUACAAAGCUUAAUAGAGGAAGAGGUAUACAUGUUUGCAACAACAUAAGUACCUUGAAAGAUCUGAUGCAUAAGUAUUGUGAAGGGUUCAAGAAAAAAUCAAUUACCUUGGGCUCAACAGUAGCAGGAGAAAAGCUUGUGACGUCUUAAAAAUCUCCACUUCCUUAGUCCCCGAAUAAAAUUUGCAUUGAGAAUGAGUCUGAAGAAUAAAAACAAGCCUAAAUUAUAAUGUCUGCACAUAGUUUAACGCCGAUAAAGAACGAAGAUCCUAUAACAGAAAUGGACCCAAUCAAAACUCACACUGCAUCUGCUGCCUAGGCUAUGAACAGUGUGGAACCUCAGUCCCAACAGCAAAGGACUCCAAAUCAAAACUCAAAGCAAAUCCCAAGACAAGUUAAGAUCAAGCACAAUAGCUUUAUCAUUUAAAAGUAUAUAGAGAGACCAUUGCUGAUAUACGAAAGAAAAUUUGAUAUAAGAGUCUGGGUCUUCAUGAAUUAUGAUGGAUGCGUAUAUAUGUUUAAAGAAGGCUAUCUUCGAACUUCUAGCUCUAAGUUCAGUAUUGAUCCGAACAACCCAGACGACCAGUUUGUGCAUUUGACCAACAAUGCCAUUCAAAAGUACUCUGAUAACUAUGGCAGCUUCGAAGAUGGAAAUUAGAUGUCCUAUGAUUAGUUCUAAGAAUAUUUGGACUAAUAUGUCUUUGAUAGCGAUUCCAGUAAGAUUUUAGUCAAGGAGGAGAUUGUGUUUAAGUUCAAGCAACUGAUCAUGAGAUCAAUAUUUGCUACGAGAAAGUAGCUAGAUCCGAAUCACCGUAAAUCUUGCUUUGAACUCUUCGGCUAUGACUUCAUUAUGGAUGAGGAUUUCAAUGUGUGGCUGAUUGAAGUAAAUACUAAUCCUUGCAUUGAGGAGAGUUCAAAUAUCCUUAAGAUAUACCUUCCUAGGAUGAUCGAUGAUAUGAUCAAGCUCAGUGUUGACUAGCACUUCCAAGAUGCCUUCUAGAUUUACAGAGAGCCUCCUAACUUAAAUCUGCCAAGUUUCCCAGUAAAAGGCUAUGAGGAUGAUGAAAAUAUGUGGGAAUAUCUUGUAAAUGUCAGAGAUAGGACAAGUAGGAAGGAGGCUUCGAGAUUAUAUCUCAAACCUAUUGAGUAAAGGUCGAAAUUCGGAUUUCAAAUCAAGAAUAGGAAGCUUAAAGUGAGGAGGUACAAUAGUAAAGUAGGAAACGGAUUGGUUGGGUAGAUAAUGACGAAUGGAGUUGUGGGAUAAGGAAACCAAAAUUUCGGUAACUAAAUGAUCGACUAUGAAAAGCUGCUGGUUCAAUCGAAUAUAAUUUGA